AUGUGUGAGAACUUCGAAGGUGGCUAUUCGUGCAGAUGCCCAUCCGGCUAUGGUGAUGGUUUGACCGAGUGCUUAGGGUCAAAGGACGAUUUGACUUGCACUCAAAAACGCAGUUUCCGAACAAAUCCCCUCCCAAACUACGUUGCUCCCAACGCUUGCUGCCUUUCCACCCCGUUCAACACCGAUUUGAACUGCUGCUGCGAAGGAAAAUUGCACCCAAUUGAUGGCUGCCCCUGCAUGGCCGCCGAUUAUUCUGACAUUCAAUAUUAA